AUGACAUCAUCAAUCUCAUUUGGUGACACGAACUCCGGGUUCCAAGUAGGGACUAAUCACGGCAGUAUCGACGCGCAGUUCCACCUUGCAGCGGAACUGCACUCUAAAGAGCGAUCCGAAGUAUAUAACACCCAGGGUGGUGCAGUCUUCAGCGGAAACAUUUCGGCCAAACGAGAUAUUAACAUUUAUCACAUUACCACAGUCCGCCCCCUCGCUGAUUCCAUCUACAAGUCCCUCUUCAACUCAGCAGACCUAUUUGACCAAGUCAGAAAUGAGCUCGGCCUUCUCGUAGCCGUCCUGAAUGCGACUGAAGAACAUACUCAAAAGUUCCACCUAGAUGAUACACAGCUCCCUAACUUAAACGAUGCGCUGAACAGAUGUCACGGCGUCCUACGUGAGCUUUCGGAGCUGAAGGACCGCUUUGACAAUGUCGGUCCUCAAACUCGGGUCACCUGGGAACGAAUGGGCUGGGGGGAGGCUGAACUGGUCGAUAUCCGGACAAAGCUCUUGCUAUACAUACAAGUGUUAAAUGUGUUGAACACAAACAUGAUACGGUCGUCUCACGAAAAUGUCGAACACCUGUUGAAAACGUUUAUCAGUGAGAUUCGCAGCGGAAAACGCGAAUCUGCGGCGAUGUCAUGCGUUUCAACUGGCUCGCUCACACUAGAUGAGAGAGAGGCGUGGAGACAUCUGCGGAAAGAAUUGCAGAGCAUUGGCAUCACUCCCGACAUCUUUACCCAACAUCGUGGUUUCAUCCUCACCACCUUGCAAACUUUUCUGUCGCAGGACGGCAUCGAAGAUUGUCCUGUCAACGUCGAGACAGCAAACUUCGACCAGAAGCAAAGUUCACCAGAAUCGCCCCGCGAGAAUACUGACAGUACUUCGAGAACGGGAACUAGGGACGAUGUCUCUGCGACCAUGGUCGCACACGGUAAUAAUGACCGCUCGAAAGGGAAAGCUGUGGGCACCGAAUACCAAAGUCCGCUUGAUAUUCUAGCGUUAGCUCGGAUUCCCAAGAAACCCAAUCGAAUGGCUCGGCUAUUACACCGAAUUACACAUCCAAAUGCCGAGCCCAAGGAGGCAAUGCAAACCCCACGAUUGAACAAAACAAAGCAAAUGGUCGAGGAGGAAUUUGCCAGUGCGCAGGCUACCAGAGUCCCGUAUCUGACCCUGAGUGCCGACAAUCCAUCGGACGAAUCGAUUGUCUCGUCAAAAAGGGGGAAUGACCCAGCCUCUCCGCUCGACCUGCCAUCGGGCACAGACUACCUUCUGUCCGAGUUCGACGAAGAAGACGAAAUGCCCAAGACUUAUCUGAAUGAUGGGCUUUAUGACAAUGGCCAGCAAAAUUCCGAGCAUGCUGAUACCCUUUCCCAGAGGCAACAUGUUACCGGCUGGCCCGGGGUUCUGUUUCCUGUUGCUAGUCUUUACGAGUUCAAUCUUGAUAGCGGUAUUUCCGAAGGCGGGUAUACCUACUUGACCUACAAUGCAGGGGAGUUGUUCGGUGUGGUUGCCGAGAAAGGAAACGUGUGGCUUGCUUACAACCAGGACGACCCUACACAGAAGAUUGGAUGGAUUUGGGACAAGCAUUUUACCAAGCUUGAACGGCAGUACUGA